AGGGUGUCCCGCCCGGCACGCACCUGCCCGGGGCCCCGCUGGGAGGACGCCCUCGGCCAGGCUUCGGGGCCGGCGCUGCCCGGCGAAGCGGUGACCGACCUGGCGGGGGUGAGGAUCGAGCCGCCGGGAGCCCGCCCCGGCCCCCUCCUCCCGCCAUGCCCGCCUCGGUGCUGUGGGCCGUGGACCUCUCGGGACGCGUGCACACCCUGGCCACCUCCGGGCAGUGCUGGGAGCUGUGCAGGGACGUCCCGCUGGACUUCAAGCGGGUCAGCACCGCCGGGCAGUGCUGCUGGGGAUUGGCCUGCGACAACCAGGUGUACGUGCACGUGGCCGCCGGCGACGUCCCCAUCCGGCGGCGGGAGGAGGCCUACGAGAACCAGCGCUGGAAUCCCGUGGGCGGUUUCUGCGAGAAGCUGCUGCCCAGCGACCGCUGGCCGUGGAGUGACGUGAGUGGGCUCCAGCCCCGGCCGCUGGAUGGGGUGGCACUGCCCUCCCCACACUGGGAGUGGGAGUCGGACUGGUACGUGGAUGAGAAUUUUGAAGGGGAACCCACAGAGAAAGCGGGGUGGACAUACGCCAUUGACUUCCCUGCCACCUACACCAGAGACAAGAAGUGGAACUCCUGCGUGCGGCGGCGCAAGUGGAUCCGGUACCGGAGAUACAAGGCCCGAGACGCCUGGGCCAAGGCAGCCCUGGUCCCAGCUGGAGAAUGGAAGAUCCCUUCUAAGGAUGACCCCAAACAACUGCCUGACCCCGUCAGCGACCUCUCCGUGGGGGGGUGGGAGAUCACGGAUGAGCCUGUGGGCCGGCUGUCAGUGUGGGCUGUGUCGCUGCAGGGAAAGGUGUGGUACAGGGAGGACGUCAGCCACCCCAACCCCGAGGGCUCGUCGUGGUCUCUGGUGGACACCCCGGGGGAGGCCGUCCAGAUCAGCUGUGGGCCCCAGGACCUCCUGUGGGUCACCCUCUGGGAGGGGCAGGCCCUGGUUCGCCAGGGGAUCGACAGGCACAACCCCAAAGGAAGUUCCUGGUCCCUAGUGGAGCCUCCGUCGCCUGAAGUGGGCCUCAUGCACGUCUCCGUGGGCAUCCACGUGGUCUGGGCGGUGACCAAGGACAAAAAAGUGUGGUUCCGGAGAGGCGUCAGCUCUCACAACCCGGGUGGCACCAGCUGGAUCCAGAUGGUUGGAGAAAUGCUGAUGGUGGACGUGGGGCUGAAGGACCAGGUGUGGGGCAUCGGCGGCGAGGAGCGGGCCCUGUACUUCCGCCAGGGCGUCACCCCCAGCGAGCUCAGCGGGAAGGCAUGGAAGGCCAUCGUUGCAGGCCGUGACUGUGACUGGUCACACUCGGGCAGCUUGUCAAGCCUCCUCAGUGCCGGCUGCUUCUUUGGUGAUGAGGUUCGGGGCAGCGGAGAGUCUUCUGCCCCUAGCGACACCGAUGCCCCCUCGGAGGUGGACAGACAGGGGCCUGGCCAGCCUCUCCCUGUGGAGCCUUUGCCUGGCCUUGGGAGCCACACGGGCUCAGCCCCGCAUCCGGGGUCGGGCCAGGUGGCAGACUGGACCGAGGGAUGUGCCAGCCCGGCCGCGGGCACAGGGGAGGCCACCCCGGCCUGUGAGCCCCAGCCCGGCCCGGCCUCCCUGCCCGCAGAGCUGCCCUGGACCAACGUCGACCUGCAGGACCCCGCAAGAGGGCCCGGACCCUCGGCUCCUGGCCCCACCGAGGCGGCCGGCCUGUCCUCCCUGGGGCUCCUGUCACUGGGCCUUGAGGAGACCUGCGGCGCUGACGAGCACCCGCUGUGGGCCUGGGUGUCGGGGGGCGCCUGUGCCGUGGAGGCACACAUGGCACUGAAGUGGUUCACUGUCCAGCCGGGCCUCUCGCCCUCCGUGCAGGCCCUGUCCCUGCCCAUCACGCCGGCCCAGACCACAGCCUGGAGGAAGCAGAUUUUCCAGCAGCUCACGGAGAGGACCAAGCGGGAGCUGGAGAACUUCAGGCACUACGAGCAGGCCGUGGAGCAGUCGGUGUGGGUGAAGACGGGGUCCCUGCAGUGGUGGUGUGACUGGAAGCCCCACAAGUGGGUGGACGUCCGCGUGGCCCUGGAGCAGUUCACGGGGCACGACGGGGUGCGGGACAGUGUCCUCUUCCUCUACUACGUGGUCCACGAGGAGAAGAAGUACGUCCACGUGUUCCUCAACGAGGUGACGGCGCUGGUCCCGCUGCUGAGUGAGACCAGGCCCUCCUGCACCCUGUACACUCCCGAGAGGACGCGGCAGCGGUGGCCCGUGCGUCUGGCUGCUGCCACCGAGCAGGAGAUGAACGACUGGCUCGCCCUGCUCAGCCUGUCCUGCUGCGAGAGCCGGAAGGUCCAUGGCCGCCCCUCCCCGCAGGCCCUCUGGUCGGUCACCUGCAAGGGGGACGUCUUUGUGAGCGAGCCGGGCCCGGGCCUGGAGGACCCCGAGCACCCGUUGCCCUGUGACCAGCUGUUCUGGUGGCAGAUGGGUGGCCACCUGCGCGUGGUGGAGGCCAACAGCCGCGGCGUGGUGUGGGGCCUGGGCUACGACCACACGGCCUGGGUCUACACAGGGGGCUGCGGCGGCGGCUGCCAAGGCCUGGGCAGCAGCAGCGGCAGCAUCUACAUCCAGUCCGACGUGAAGUGCGUCCGCAUCUACGAGAACCAGCGUUGGAACCCCGUGACGGGCUACAGCAGCAGGGGUCUGCCCACCGACCGGCACAUGUGGAGCGACGUCUCGGGGCUGCAGGAGCUCACCAAGGCCAGCGCCCGGCCACCUUCCCUGCAGUGGGUCUGGGACUCCGACUGGUACGUGGAUUUCAGCGUUCCCGGGGGCGCCGACCCGGAGGGCUGGCAGUACGCCCCCGACUUCCCCGCCUCAUACCACGGGUACAAAACCUUGAAGGAUUUUGUCAGGAGAAGGUGCUGGGCCAGAAAGUGCAAGCUGGUGACGUGCGGGCCCUGGCUGGAGGUGGCUCCCGUCCCCCUCAGGGACGUGUCCAUCAUCCCAGAGAGCCCCGAGGCCCCCAGCGCUGGGCACAGCGUGGCCCUCUGGGCCAUCAGCGACAAGGGGGAUGUGCUGUGCCGCCUGGGCGUGUCCGAGCUCAACCCCGCGGGGUCCUCCUGGCUGCACGUGGGCACGGACCAGCCCUUUGUCUCCAUCUCCGUCGGCACCUGCUACCAGGUGUGGGCCGUGGCCAGGGACGGCUCAGCCUUCUACCGGGGCGCCGUGUCCCACUCUCAGCCCGCCGGUGACUGCUGGUUCCACGUGGCGUCCCCUCCUAAGCAGAGGCUGAAGCAGGUGUCUGUCGGGCAGACAUCGGUGUACGCCCUGGACGAGAACGGGAACCUGUGGCACCGCCAGGGGGUCACCCCCAGCCACCCCCAGGGCGCCUGCUGGGAGCACGUGUCCAACAACGUGCGCCAAGUGUCCGUGGGGCCCCUGGACCAGGUCUGGGUCAUCGCUGACAAAGUGCAGGGGAGCCGCGGCCUGAGCCGGGGGACGGUGUGCCACCGCACGGGGGUGCAGCCCCACGAGCCCAAGGGGCGGGGCUGGGACUACGGCAUUGGGGGCGGCUGGGAUCACAUCUCCAUCCGGGCCAAUGCCACCCGCACCCCCAGGAGUGGGUCCCAGGAGGCGGGUGGGGAGCAGGAGGCUCCCGGGGGCCCCGUCCGCUGCUGAGGCCACCCCAUGUGCCCGGGCGCCCGAAGGCCCGCGACCCCCACGUGGGCCUGCUGUGGCACUGCUCCCAGAGCACCCAGAAAUGUGAAACUCGGGGGACACCCCGCACGGGCCCCUGUCUGCCUCCCACCUUUCCAGGACGGGAACCUGGAACCUUCAAGAGCCCUUGUGGUCCACCCGCCACCGCAGACCCCAGGAAGGGGCCCUCCUGAGCCAGACACCCCCCCCACUCACCGAUCCCCCCAGAAACGGCUGAGGGGCUCAGAUCCACGUUGGCCAUGAGCAGUGGCAUUUUCUCAGGGCAGGACUCGCAAAGGGGCUGGAUUUCCAAUUUUAAGGAGGAGUUGGCAUACCGGAAGUGAGCUCGGUGGGGUCUCCUCCCUGGGGUGGGCACGGGUCCCCAUGAGGGGUGGGAGCAGGGGAGGCCCCGUGGCCUUUGCAGGGUCCCCACUCGUUGACCCGCCAUCGGCCCUUUCCCCAGGGUUUGGGGGACCCGGGCGUGUUCCUUUCAUGUUCAGUGGCAGAGAGACGGGGCGGGUGGGGGGCAGCAGGGGGUGCAGGAGACCCCCGCCCAGCCCGCAGCCCCUCGGCCACUUCCCAUCCCGCGGCGCCCAUCAGCGACGUCCUGAGUUGGCUUCUGACAACCGGACGCUGGGCCCAGGAGGCCCGUGGGGCGCGAGCUCCCGUCUCGGCUUAUUUUGAGGCCACAGAAGCCGGUUGGUGUCCGGCUGUCCUUGGACCCCGUGCAAACGGUUCGGUGACCGGAGGGGCUGGCGCCCGUUCCACUCCGUUCAGCCGAACACAUCUCGUUACCAGGAGCGACUCCGAGAAAGCCCUCCCGUGGCAUUGCCUCCAUGGGCAGUGGGGUGGGGGGUCCCCACAGUCUCUGGACUUGGGACCGGGGUGGGAGGGGAGGGCACCUGGGUGCAGAGCUCCAAGGGGAAUCGUGUGGACGGACUGACAGUGUCCAGCGGGCAGACAGCAGCCCCCACUGCUCACAUUUCCACGUCAGGCUCCGCGGGCCGGCGGGCUCUGUGCGUCCGUGGGGCCUCUGUCGGGCGACGGGGCCUCCCCUGCCCUUUCCCCACGGGCGGCCGCGUCCUCGAGCUGAGCGCCAACUGUGUACCUGCUCAGCCUCACAGGACUGUCUCGGAUCCCUCGGAUGCUUCAUUGAAUAAAAUUUAGGGCCAAGUGUAA